AUGAGCAGGGACAAGCAGGUCGAUGAGGACGAUGACGACAGCGAGCAGUUCGAAGACUUCAUGGAGAAUUUCAACCAGCUGGAGCUGCUGGAGACGCACCGGCAUCUGAUUCCCGUAGGGACUCAGAGCUGCUGGUCGGGGCAGUCUGACGACGACGACGACGAACAAGAAAGAAGUGAGGAAUGGUACGAAAUGCAAGAAAAAAAAAUGGAAAAAAAUCCAGGGAAAUUGCUGCUCUGGGCAGCCGAAAACAACCGGCUGAGCACAGUGAAGAGGCUCCUUUCCGAGCAGCUGGCUCCCGUUAACGCUCGUGACGAGGACCAGUACACCCCCCUCCACCGGGCUGCCUACAGCGGGCACUUGGACAUUGCGCACGAGCUGGUCGCCCACGGGGCGGACGUUCACGCGCAGACGGUGGACGGCUGGACGCCCCUGCACAGCGCCUGCAAGUGGAACAACACCAAAGUGGCCGCCUUCUUGCUUCAGCAGGGCGCAGACAUCAACGCGCAGACGAAUGGUUUGCUGACGCCGCUGCACAUCGCCGCAGGGAACAAGAACAGCAGAGAAACCCUUGAACUGUUGCUGAUGAAUCGCUACGUGAAACCAGACCUGAAAAACAACUUGGACGAAACGGCCCUUGACAUCGCCAGGAGGACUGAUAUCUAUCACUACCUUUUUGAAAUAGUAGAGGACUGCAUAAAUGCUGUGUCCCCUUAAAAGUUGU